AUGGCCUUCAACAGUACUUCGGGCUUCGACGAACGGACCCAGCUUCUCCCUCACAUCGUCGAUCAUUAUGCCAGAGGGAAACCCGACGCCAUCUACGCCGAAUACCCUAUAUCUCCCGCAAGCUACAAGGACGGCUAUCGACCGAUAACGUUCAAAGCAUUUGCAAAUGCAAUCAAUGGAAUUGCCUGGUGGCUAGUCGAGCAGUUAGGUCCUGGGAACGGCGCGAUUCUCGCAUAUCUCGGACCGAAUGAUCUGCGUUACCCCGCACUGGUGUUGGGUGCUGUGAAGGCGGGAUAUUGUAUGUUUUUUACAUCGCCGCGCAAUAGCGUUGCCGCGCAUAGUAGCCUUCUUGACCGGCUGAACUGCACCAAGUUUCUGGCCCCCGUUCCUCGACCCCCGCCAGUUGCGGCCAUACUAGAGGCCAAUACGGUAGGCGUUCUUGAUGUCCCUAGUGUCGAUACUCUGCUUGACAGAGACUAUCCGGAUUUCGAGUUCCCAAAGACCUAUGCAGAAGCCGCCAGUGAGACAUUAGCAGUGAUUCACACAUCCGGCUCGACAGGAAUCCCAAAGCCAAUCUUUUGGACGCACAAAGGUGCCUGCACACACAUGCGUACGACCGACUUGGAUCCCCCGGACGGCUUUGAGAGCCACAGCAGAUUCCCGUUUGGAAAGAGGAUGUUUCUCGUUCCACCUCCCUUUCACGCAGCCGGUCUGGCCUACUCGCUCUUCAUAAGUAUCCCGUUUGGAACGACGAUCAUUUUUCCUGCAUCUGGGGGUCUUCCUACGGCGUCCGGGCUGGUGGAGGCGAGGAAAAGGACCCAGAUUGAUACCCUGUUGGGUGUUCCCUCUAUCAUUGAAGAACUCUCCCAAGACGGAGAGCUUCUUGAUUACUGCAGCACGCACCUGGAACGCUUGAUGUAUUGCGGGGGCGACCUACCGCAAUCCAUCGGCGAUACUGUCGCUUCAAAGAUUCCUCUCCUCAAUGCAUAUGGCGCCUCUGAAGUCGGGAUGCUCAAUACAAUCCAGGCUAAAACUAACGGGGAUCGACUUGAAGAUUGGCGCUAUCUGCAUAUCCACCCUUGGAUGGGCGCCGAAAUGCGCGACGUUGCCCACGAAGAAUACGAGCUCGUCCUGGUCCGUAAGCCAGACACCGAGGCUCACCAGUUCGUCUUUACCGUGUUUCCAGAUAAGCAGGAAUACCACACGAACGAUCUCUUCGUCCGGCAUCCUGAUCCCACCAAGCGGGACCUUUGGCGCUGGACCGCGCGCGCCGACGACGUGAUCGUCUUCCUGAACGGGGAGAAGACGAAUCCAAUCUCUAUGGAGCAACACAUCUCUGCAUCGAACCCUGAAGUCAGUGCGGUAUUGGUGGCUGGGGCGCGCCGGUUCCAGGCUUCCCUGCUGGUGGAACUGCGCGACCAGGAGAAGGAACUCGAUGUGACUGAACGCGGCGCGAUGGUUGAGAAGCUCUGGCCGAGUAUCGAAGCGGCGAAUGCUGUGUGCCCUGCUCAUGCGCGUAUUGCAAAGACACAUAUCUUGUUUACUAAGCCCGGUAAACCGAUGCUUCGCGCUGGAAAGGGAACGGUUCAGCGAGCCGGGACACUCGCUCUAUACAAGGCAGAGCUAGAUACUCUAUACGCCGAUGCAGACAAGCUGGCGCAGGUUGACAGCGAGUACGCGGGUCCCGGCCGCGUCAACGACCCUCAGGUAAUCAGGGACUAUAUCCGGCAGACGACAAUGGCAAGCACUGGCUGGAGCGAAGACAAGUUCAAAACCGACUCUGUCAACUGGUUCCAUCUGGGUCUGGAUUCACUCCAGGCGAUCAGCGCCACACGGACACUGAGGUCAGGGUUUGGCCUACCGGAACUGAGUCCCAGUGUGAUAUAUCUGCAUCCAUCCGUGGAUGAGCUUACUAAAGCUGUGCUGCGCAUGCAGCAACAGGAGGAGGAAUCGGCAGAGGCCGCAAAGAGGGAGCAGUUGCAACAGCGUGACCAGCUACUGCAGGAGCUCUCUGCGAAACUUCAACCCUGUGUAUCUAGAACCCAACCACCGGCGGUCGACACCCAUACCGUCAUUCUCACCGGCUCCACUGGUAACCUGGGCACGUAUCUCCUCAAUGCCCUUGUCAAGCACCCAUCCGUUGCACACAUCUACUGCCUCAACCGAAAGGCCGAAGCCAUCGAUGUGCAACGCCAAAAAUGCGAAGCAUAUUCCUUGAGUAUCGAUCUAUCACGUGUCACCUUCUGGGCAACAGAUCUCUCCCAGCCAGACUUUGGCCUUCAGCCAGACCUAUUCGAUACACUCCAACAGUCUGCCACGCUGAUCAUCCACAACGCAUGGGCCGUCAACUUCAACUUGUCCCUGCCGUCUUUUCGACCAAACCUCGACGGUGUAGUCAACCUGAUCAAUUUCUGCGCGGAAUCGUUAAACGCACCGCAUCUGUUUUUCAUCUCGUCAAUAAGCUCCACGAUGGGCCACCGCACAACCAGCGGGUUGACACCCGAAGCCGUUAUCCGGACUACGGUGCCCGCGCCAAAUGGGUACGCGGAUAGCAAGUACCUGGCUGAACGGCUGCUGGAUCCGGCCACGCGGCAGGGGAGCUUGGUGCAUGCCUCGUUUGCUCGCGUGGGCCAGGUUGCCGGCGCACUGCGCUCACCAGGGUUAUGGAAUAAGGCAGAAUGGCUCCCGAGCCUUGUUAUCAGCUCCCUGCAUGUGGGUGCGCUGCCGGAUACGCUUGGUCUGGCGUUGGAUCGUGUGGAUUGGAUGCCGAUUGAUCUGCUCGCCGAAGUGUUGGUUGAUCUCGCGGUAAGGGAGCGCAGAGCAGUCAGCGACUCAGAAUUGGAUUCGGCAUCCGUUAAUGUUUAUCACCCGGUAAACCUACAUCCGCUAAGCUGGGCGGAUAUCCGGAUGAUGGUCGCAGACGCGCUGCUCAAGACAACAGGGAAAAGAGUAGAGAUUAUACCUUUCCAAGAGUGGCUCCAGCGCGUGCGCGAGGAUAUUGAGAAGUCACAUACAUCUCCAAGGUUGAGUGAGAAUAACCUGCAAGGCGUUCUAGCGAAGAAUCCUGCGGCAAAACUCCUCGAGUUCUUCACCGCGAUCAUGUGCCAGACCGAGCGAGGCGACGUGCUAGAUACACAGGUCACUGCAAAAGCCAGUGAGAAGCUUCGCGCUGUUGAGGCGGUGCAGUCGGGGUGGAUUGAGAAGUGGGUUAGUGAAUGGUUCGCUGCUUGA